AUGGCUUCGAUAGGACGGAGGCGUUUCAUCAGCCCCUUUACUCGAGUUAAGGCAUGGUGGUUGGGUAUUGGAGAUGCUGAGUUGCUUGCACGGUACGGCGAGCGGGGGAUUUUCCGUACAAUUUGGAUGGAGUGGCGUGGCACUCUUAUUUGUUUGGCGUGUUCGGCCGUCGUUAUAAUCAAUCAUGCGCAAUCAAACAACGCCAAUGAGAUUUUAGACAAUAUUGAACUUAAUCGUCAACGGUAUUACAAACGAGAUUUUACACCAGAAUACGUACGGAAUGCCCCGCAGGCGGUGUAUGAUGGCCCAAAGGGAUAUGUUUAUCGAGAUGAGGCAUCCGGCUUGAUGCUGAACGCCGAUCACAAAUGGGUGUCAGACUUGUCACGUGAGGAGCGGCGUGGGCGAAUUGAGGCGGCGGAUGUGACCCCGGAAAUGGUUGAGGCGGCGAAAAAACUACUGCGUAGUUCACAAUAUGAGUGA